AUGGAUGGACAAAACAAGAAACAAAGAAACAAAUGUGCAGGAGGAGGAGAGGAGGAGAGAAGAGAAGGGAGACACGACGAACCAGGCAAAACGGCCGUUGGGUGGUGGGGUGCGGAUGCGGCGCAGCAGGCAAGAGCAGGGGCGCCAAGGGCUGGCUUCGUUGGAUUGGGGAGCCGCAACGCCACAGGUCAAGUACGGAAGGCGCUUAGGGCGCUGUAA